GCUAGAGGGGCUGGAUUCGUACUUGUAUCUGAUCGUCCACCCCACUGCCCCUUCCCUUUGCCCAGCGGGAGGGACAUGAGCGUCCCUGGGCCACCGCCCCCGGACGGGGUCCUGGCCAGGCCCCCUGACGUCUUGGAGGCCAGUGAGCCGACGCCGGGUUUAAGUGCCACUUCUCCAGAUGAAGGGUUAAUAGAGGACUUGACUGUAGAAGACAAAGCAGUGGAGCAACUGGCAGAAGGAUUGCUUUCUCACUACUUGCCAGAUCUGCAGAGAUCAAAACAAGCCCUCCAGGAACUCACACAGAACCAAGUUGUGUUAUUAGAUACAUUGGAACAAGAGAUUUCAAAAUUUAAAGAAUGUCAUUCUAUGCUGGAUAUUAAUGCUUUGUUCACUGAAGCUAAACACUAUCAUGCCAAGUUGGUGAACAUAAGGAAGGAGAUGCUGAUGCUCCAUGAAAAGACAUCAAAAUUAAAGAAAAGGGCACUUAAACUGCAGCAGAAGAGGCAGAAAGAAGAGUUGGAAAGGGAGCAGCAACGAGAAAAAGAAUUUGAAAGAGAAAAGCAGUUAACAGCCAAACCAGCUAAAAGGGCAUGAAAAAUUGUGUUUUUGUGUGUUUUCUUCAUGUAUUCUAUACUCUUUGGAUUUAAGAUGACCUAAGUAUGGAGUGAGGUUCAUAUAGUGCCUUAUACCUUUGUGUUAUGUUUUGAAAUCUUCAUCCCAGGUUCGCUGUGUCUCCAUAUCUUGUUUAAGCCAUUUAAGAAGCCUUUCUUUCUUAGUAGUAGACAUAAUGUCACUUGGUUUUGAUAUUUAUAUGUAACUUUCAACUUUUGUUUUGCUAAUUUUAUAAUUCAUCAGUUUGGCCUUCUGUCAUUUGUAAACUGAAAAAUGCUUUGAUUAUUAUGGGAGUCUAGACUCUUAAGUAGUUCAAAAUUAUAUGAAUUUUUAAGCUUCUUGGUUGUAGAUUUACAAGUUUAGUUUCUUAUUUUAUGAGAUGAUAUGCCUUUCUGGCAAUGAAACACUGAUUUUGAUUAUUGCCUUUUCAUUGUUUAGUUAAGAAAAAUUACCAGUUCUUUAAUCACACAUGCCCCUGGAAAAGAUAAUAUAAGCCUUUGUGAAGAACAUAGUGGAAAAGUAUAUGCACAGGGAAUAAUAGCACCUUAGGCAUAGGCUAGGUGAGAAAGAUGCCAGAUAGAUUCUUCUAUAACCAUAUAGUCUCGCUUAUUUUUGUUGUUGCUUUAUGUAUCUUUGGGGUUCACAAUAGAUUACAUCAUUCCUAAAGUUUGGCAGGGAUGAUAGAGAUAUCAUACACUCAAAUGUCCCUAUGGAUUUAUACUUAGUCAUUAGAUAGUGAGAUAUAGUUUCUGUGCUUUUAAAUCUCAAAUAGAAUGAAAAGUACAACUACCUACUUUAUAGAUAAUGUUAGGAUUGGUGGAAAAUUAGUAAAUACCUUCACAAAAGAGGCAACAUGAAACAUUUAGUGUUUUCUAGAAUUGUUUUCUGAUGUUAUAUGUGGGAACUUAUUAUGUGAGGGAAAUAUUAUGAAGUUUCAUUGCUUGAAAUUGAUAGUGUAUUAUACUUUUGUUUUAGUAUUAUUUAACAUGUAACUGGUCUCCAAUCAGAGAAUGCGUAUCUUUUAUAAUCCACAUUACAUUUUUGGUAAGCUGGAACCACUACCUCUGAUCACAUAUCAGGCUAAUGAUAUAGAAAGCAGUAGAUUUAAGUUGGGUGUUAAGAACUGGUCUGUUUGGAGGUUUAAGUAAUUUGUUUGAAAGAGCCUUCUUUGAUGAAUGAAUUAUAGUCUCACAAUUCACUUGACUUUAACCUAAGAAUAUAAAUAUCCUCAUUUCUGAAAUUUUGUGGCUCCUAAGUCUAGCUGGUCAGAAAAAAUAGCCACCUACCUUCAAAAUCUGUAUGGUCACAAAUAGCCAGAGAUGACUGAAAAGAUUUUUUCAAAACUUUUCUAUAUUUGAAAAACUAAACAAAAUUGGGCUCAAGCCUUAUUGCCAUCGCUAUCAAAUACAUGGAAAAGAAAAAAUGUCGUACAAGAAAUAAAUGAAAAGAAAUACAGUUUUAUAAGAAAAAAAAAUAUAUUUGAAAAGGCUAAUUGUUGCCAUCUAUCACUUGCUAUAACUGCCUAGGGCAUCACUAGGGCUUGCAGGACAAUGUCACCUAAAUUGCUGAAUGUACUCUUUAUUGAUUUCUGACAAAGGCUAUGCAUUGUUUGUCAGAGUGGUUUUGACCUGUUGUAAUAAUGGUUGUUUAAAAUGCUAGUUCCUGGUCACUACUCUCAAUCUACUGAUGCAAAUCUAUUUGUUUGGUUUGUUUUGCUUUGUUUUUAGUUUUUAGUUUCCCCCAGUGAUUCUAAUGGACCUUGAAAGAUGAGAACCAUGGGUGUAGUGGCCAAGGUCAUUGUUUCCUGUACUAAGGUGCAUAUCAUUUUUGCCUGGGAACUUUAAAAAAAAAAAUACAUUCUGAGUUCUUACUGAUUAGUAUCAAUAGGAGCCAGUGUAUUUUUAGGGCACUCCCCAGAUAGUUCUGAUGCAAGGAACCACUGGUAUAGAUUAUCUAGUAAUUUAUUUAUAAGCAGUGAAAUAGUUUAAAAACUCUCUAGUAACUUUUGGGUUAAUCUUAUGAAAUAAAUUCUGAAUUGUUGGUUUUAAUAUACAAUCAGAUUUAAAACUGAACCCUAGCAGACAGGAAAUAAAUAUAGAAUUCUAGUUAAUUAAUUGAAUUUCUGUUUUAAAUCAUGUUUAUUGAAUGAAUGUCAAGGCCCAUAACCUUCUUUCAGAAUUGUAUUAUUUAAGUUUUGAACAUUUUUAAACAGAGCAAAACAAAUAUAAAUUAGCAUCCACUAUUUAAAGGUGAAUGGUAAAUCAAAAGUACUGUUAUCUUGGUAAUUAAAAUCUAAAAUAUCUGUAUUUCAAUAACAAAUAUAUCUUGCUAACAAAACAUGGAACUCUUGUAAUUAUUCUUGCUGUAUUUUUCACAAAUACAGGAUUGGUUGAAAAAGGUUGCCUUUGUUUUGAAACUAUCAAAAAUGUAUUGAGCUGAAAGAUGCAAGUUCACUUUGUGUUUACUCUGCAGUAAGUAUCAUGUAAAUAUGCAGAAUGCUAAAUGUAAUAUAGAUGUGUCUACAGUGAGUGUUUAGGUGGAUACAGUUUAUAAGUAUAUGCCCACAUACAUUUGUCUGAUUUUGAACUUGUAAACUUGUAAACUGAGGACUACUUUUUAUGCAUUUAAUAAAAAAAAUCUCUAAAUUA